AUGCCUUCGACGAUCGAAAUCAGUAUUCCAAACGCGACUUUAACGGAGGAUUUCACCACGUACAACAUCACCAUCCGACUCCCGCUGCGAUCUUUCGUCGUUCAGAAGCGAUAUUCGGAAUUUGUAUCCUUCCAUGACGCGCUUGUUCACCAAGUAGGGACCCAGCCCCCUGUGCCUCUUCCGAAGAAAUCAUGGUUUCAUAAUACGAAUUCAAACGAGAGACUGCGGGAGGAGCGACGACAAGGACUGGAGAAAUACCUGCAAGCAAUCAACAGCGCCGAAGAUCAGCGCUGGCGAAACACAAGUGUAUGGAGGUCUUUCUUGAAUCUACCAAGCCAGUCCACUUCAACAAACAGUGGACCAUCUGCGAGGCUGCAUAAAGCCAUCACUGGUCCAGGUGGUGUCGAAUCUGCACCGAUCAUAGACCCGGUGCUGUGGCUGGACUGCCACCGCGAACUUAAAUCGCAUCUGCACGAUGCACGCCUUUACCUCACAAGACGUGAUCAGGCUACCACACCUCAGAAACAGCAUGAAAGCUCUGCGCACGCAAAGAGCAGCUUGAACAAGUCUGGAACAAUGAUAACGGCCCUUGAGGGAGGAUUGAAAGAUACUGGCAAUGACUCUUGGGCAGGAAGUGGACUUGGAGACGGCGAAAUCAGGCGGAGAAGGGAUCUCCUUGUCAGCGCCAAGAAAGAAAAGGAUGGCUUGGAGAAUUUACACAACGCAAUGAUGCAGAAGAGCAAACUGGACGCUACUGUCGCGUCUAUUCAGGACAAGGACAAGCUUAUGGGAUCCGCAAAGCCUCGUGUGGGCCGCGUCCUUGGGAAGGAAACUGACAAGACACGUGAAUUGGACAAUCAAGGAGUGCUCCAGCUCCAAAAGCAGACUAUGGAGACUCAGGAUAAGAGCGUGGAUGAGUUGAUGAAGAUCAUCUUGCGACAACGCGAACUGGGAGUUGCUAUCAAUAAUGAACUGGAGGUUCAGAAUGAGCUUUUGAACUUAACUGAUGAGGAUGUAGACAGAUUGCAACGCAAGAUCGAAAUAGGCAACAAGCGAGUUGGCAAGAUUUCAUAA